AUGAACCAGAUUUGUGGAGCCCCUGUGGAGAUCGGAAGGCCUGGGAAGCCGAUUUGCGAGGCGAGUGCCUUGACAGAAAGCGGCUCUGAAAAUGAUCGUUUGUUUUCCAAGUUGAUCACUUUAUCAAUAUCUCAUAAUCAUUUUCAGGAUCUCCUUUAUCGUCGCCUUCGAUGUCUCGCCAACUACGAAGCUGCGAACAAAAAUCUCGAACGUGCUCGUGGUCGCAACAACAAGGACAUUCCAAAGGCUGAGGCCGAGCAACAGGAGGCGUGUAAAAAGUUCGAGGACAUCAGCGCGUUAGCAAAGACUGAACUGAAGGACCUGAAGAAGCGUCGAGUGUUAGCGUUCAAGAAGAACCUCGCUGAUCUGGCUGAUCUCGAGAUCAAACAUGCCAAGGUACGGACGCUUUGCGCUCAACUAAAUUCUCUUACG